AUGAAUAACCAAUUCCCCCCUUCGUCGCCCAUAGCUGGUGCCUCAACAGUAGACGCAAACGAUGAUCCUUUUUUCCAACCCUCCGCAGACCAUUCGCCCUCCGCAGUAAGGUUUUUCCAGAAAAGAAGUGCAGCAGCCGGUCAGUUGAACUCUGCGCAUCACAAAGACCAUGAAUACCCUACCCCAAAUCCGUCAUCGACUCUGGGCCGCUCGUCAUCGCCUGUGAAGGCAACCCUCGCACAUGUGACACCAGAGAAAGAUAUCGAGAAGAGGACUGAAACAGAGUUCAGAACUGGAUUCCACAAGACACGAGUGCAUAUCCAAUUAGAUCCUCGAGACCCUGCUAGACUUGCUAUUGGACGUAAAAAGGCAGUGUGUGAUGUUGUUUUACCUCGUAUGAAGAACAUUUCUCGUCAGCAUGCUUUCAUUUCCUACAGAGCCGAUACCGGGCAAGUAAAGCUAGAAUGUUAUGGCACGAACGGGUUGAUUGUCGUGUUCCCAAUGAGACUGGAUUUCAACCUUGUUAGACGCGUUGAUGCGCAUAGUCUCUACGAACUGGUGAGAAAUUCUCCAGAUUACAGUCCAGCAGAUAAACAACUUAUUAAAGAUCAUUCCUUCACGUCUUUUGUGCUGCUCAAGGGCGAAUCGGUGAUCAUGCCGUAUAUUGCAGAUACCGUUAUCGACUUCAGACAGGCAGAGGCUGUUUUGUCGCUGCGCAACGUCAUGAGUUCUGAAGCGGACGAUGAAGAUGGCCUCAACGCGACGGAAACGGAGGACGAACUAGAGCAAAUUCAAUUUAAUAGUGACGAUUUUAACGCCACCAUGCUUACACCUCAAAGAAAUAUACUGAAACUAGUUCCCGAGAGCAAGUCCCCCGCAACUAUUGAAAUUAAGAGGACUUCUUUACCAGGUAAAGUGGUAACUUCUUUGGAGCAAGUCGGGGAAGAAUCUAAAGCUCCACUUCCUGCGAUUGUAACAAAGUUCAAGGAAGAAGAUGAACCUGUCACUACGGAUACCAAGGCUACAAAAAGCGAGUUUUCUGAUAUUGCUCGAGUUGUGUCUCUCUCGAGGGAAGAGUUGCAAUCUGCUGCCGCAGCAGUGGCCAAUGCCUCUUCAGGGAAAGAAAAAUCAUCCUUGAUUGAGAAUGUGAAUCCAAAACCUUUAAUUUUGGAUAGCGCUGACAAAGUGAAAAUUCAAAAGCCUGAUAUCAUUGUUGUAGAACCUACCAAAAAUAGUGCUCCUGCAGAGCUAGCUGGGCCUGAGGUUUCAGAAGAUGCCAUUUCCAGCAAUAAAAAAUUGAACGUUUCAGAGAAGAAACCUUUCAGUAGCACAGUGACUCCACAGACUUCCUUCGCUGUGAUAACGCCCGCAACACCCCAUAAACCAGUAAAGAAACACACGCCUCCGCUAGAAGAUAUAAAAACACCAGUCAAUUCUAAGAAGGAGCUAUCACGUCGUCGCAAGCUCACAACGCCGUCUCCCCAUAAAAAUCAUAAAAAAAAGACCCAACAUAAAGCUCCUACUAAACCCCGUCAACAAAUACUUACUGAAAUAGCCUCCAAAGGAAUAGAUUUAGUGGAGAUUCAACAUGUAUUGGCAAAUCAUUUGGCAUUUUCAAACAUUCAGCAAGUUCCUUUGGCUCUUUUAAAAGAUGUAAAUUCCACAAUAUCCACCCUAAGCACUGCCGAACUACGAGCAUUACUUGCUGAAGAGAAAUGCAUUGGUGUCAUUUAUCGCGAAGGUAAAGAUGCCGCUGGGAAGCCUUUGGAUGAGGAAUAUUACUAUGAUUUAGAGAACGACCCUGAUGCGAACAGAAGACAAAUCGUAACGACUUUAAAAGGAGGAAGAUCAGGGCUAAGGAGCUGUAGAAGGGUUCAUAAGCAAUAUUUCUGGAAAAAACCAGCUAAAUAG